AUGAAUGACGAACUAGACGUGGAUGAGGAGGCAUACGACAUGCUCUUCAGCCCUUUGACCCCCUGGCCCUGCCUAUCCCUCGACUUCGUUCUGAGCACACCUGAUGGAGGUCACCCCUCGGUAGGUGACGCCAAGAAGAAGGGGCGUGACAAGGGGAGCUGCUCCUCAGUGACGUACCCGCUGCAGAUCACCUGCGUGGCGGGGAGCCAAGCUGCCAAGGGGAGCCAAAAUGAAAUAUACCUCCUCAGAAAGAAGGAACACGUCGUAUGCAAAGCGAUCAAGCACCCAUACGGAGGAUUAAACAGAAUAAAAACAUGCAAAAAAAUUAACUCUCUCAUUGCCACAUGGUGUGAUGAUAGCAAGGUAUAUAUUUAUGAGUUAUCGGAGGAGAUAAGACAUCUCGAUGAGAGACCAUACAAUGAGGAGGUAGUCAAAAAACCAUUGCAUGUGUUUGGGGGUCACACCAGUGAAGGGUUUAGUUUAGAUUGGAAUCCCGUUCACGCGGCUAAGCUGUUAAGCGGAGAUAAUGAUGGGAACCUCUUUCUUUGGCUACCCGAUAAUAACGUUAAGUGGACGUAUGAGCGGUUGAAUGUCGAGGUGGGUAGUGAUCAGAGCGAGGACAAUAAUGGUGGAAAGGGAAAAGGAAGAAAGAAACACAGCAUUGAGGACGUACAGUGGAGCAAAGGAGGAAACGGGUUCGGUCAUGUAUUCGCCAUGUGCUCCUCGGACAAAAGUGUAAGGAUAAUAGACACACGAGACUUAAAAAAGAAUCAAGAAAAAACAGAUGGAAGGAACUACGCACACAUACACAUAGCAGAUGCACAUGCAGCAGAUGUGAACGUUAUAUCGUGGAAUGAAAACGUCGAUUUUUUGAUUGCAUCAGGGGGAGAUGAUUCUGUUGUUAAAAUAUGGGACACAAGAAAUGUCAGCAAUGCAGUAGGUGCAUUAAAAUUCCAUAAGAGACCCAUUUCGGCUGUUUCUUGGAAUCAAAGUGAUACUUACGUGAUCCUAGCUGCUAGCUUGGAUAACUCCAUUUCCAUUUGGGACCUCUCUGUUGAGACUGAGUCCCUAGAGUUUGGUCUGACGAAGCAUCCUGACCAGCUUCUCUUCGAACACCUGAAUCAGAAAUUCAUUACAGAUGCCAAGUUCCACCCCCUCCACCCAGGGUGCGUGCGCACCCGCGCGAUGGCCUUGAAGGCCGUGUCGAGGACCUCGCUAAUGGUGGGGUGCGAGUGA